AUGUGGGCCGUUGACAGCGGGGCAACACAUCACAUCUGCCACGACAAGUUCAAGUUUGCAAGCUUGGUCGAAGGCAAUGAUGGCGAGAUCCUGGUGGCUGAUGGCAACAAGGCGGCCAUCAAAGGUGUGGGGACCAUCGUGGAAAAGGUGAUUCUGCCAAACGGGGAAGAGCGCGAGAUCGAGAUCAAGAACGCGCUCUAUGUGCCCAGCAUGAGCAAAAAUCUGCUCUCGGUGCCGCAGAUUAACAAGCACGGCAACUUCCAAGUGGUGUUUGACGGGGGAUACGAUCGAUCGGCCAAUGCGACAUCACUCAGCAACGCUGUUGAUCUACAUGCACGAAUGGGCCAUGCUCCAGUAGACGUGCUUCGCAGGAUGGUGACAAGCCACAUGAUCAAGGACGCUCACAUCCCUUCCAAGCCGAAUGGAUCAAGUGUGUGUCGAGGAUGCCAAGAAGGGAAGAUGGUCCAAAAACCAUUCCCGAGCAACCGUGACAAGCGCACCUACAACACCUUCGAGAUGCUCCACUUCGACAUCUGCGGACCCAUGGAAGAAAAAUCUCUGGGUGGCAGCAAGUAUCUGCUGCUGAUCGUGGAUGAAGCCAGCGGAUGCAUGAAGGGUUUUUGUCUGCAUUCCAAGUCAGAGAGCGAAGAGUGCAUCAAGAAGUACAUCACGAUGAUACAGACGCAGUUCAACAAGAAGGUCAAAUUUGUGCGACACGAUGGAGCCCGCGAAUUUGCGACGAACUCGCUUCAAGAUUUCUACGAAGUCGAAGGCAUCGAGCAACAAACCACGGUGCCAUACGCACAUCAAGCCAAUGGAACUGCUGAACGCGCGAUUCGAACUAUCGUCACCAUCGGUCGUAGCAUGCUCCAUCAUGCCAAGUUGGACAAGUGCUUCUGGGCUGAAGCGGCAAUGACGGCCGUCUAUGUGAAGAACCGUUUGCCGUCACCCAAGAUUCCACACAAGACACCGUUCGAGAUUGUCUACAAUUCUAAGCCAAGUGUCAAGCACAUGCGCGUUUUUGGGUGCCAAGCAUACAUCUUGACCCCGAAGGAGAAACGACUCAAGUGGGAUCCCAAGGCCCGGGCUGGAUUGUUUUUGGGCUACGAAGAAGUGUCCAAGGCGUAUCGAGUUUACGACAUCGAAGCGGGGCAGGUGAUGAUAAGUCGCGAUGUCAACUUCGAUGAGUCGGCCUUUGGAAUGUCGAUGCUGAUUUCCGAUGACGAUGUUGAUGGCCUGGACUUCGAAUCGAUCGAUCUUGAUGAUGAAGAACCGCGUCCGAGACACUUCAAACAAACAGGAAAGCGCAAGGCCCAACCCAGUCACGACAAUGACGACGCAAGCAUGCCCCGAGCAGUGCGCCAACGACCCGGAUUGGAAGAGUCAAGUGCGCCGGAUGACCUCUCUUCACGUCGAGCCAACGAAGAUGAAGAAAGGAAGUCGGAGGAACAACAUGACACACCGACUUCCUCCGCGUUUUGGCAUGCGAGUGCAAACGCCGUCGAAGCAGCGGUCGAUUUUUCGGAGCCGUCGACAUUUGAAGAAGCAGUAUCUGGCCCGGACCAAGUACACUGGCGCAAGGCAAUUGAUGCGGAGCUCGAUUCGAUGAAGCUUCGCGGUGUCUUUCGUGCGGCCAAGUUACCCAACGGACAAAGCGCCAUUGGCACAAAGUGGGUCUUCAAGAUCAAGCGCAAGGCGGAUGGGUCGAUCGAGAAAUACAAGGCACGACUUGUGGCCAAGGGUUUUCGCCAAAAGUAUGGCAUUGACUACACGGAGACGUUCUCGCCCGUGGUCAAGUAUGUGACGCUGCGAAUGGUCAUCGCCAUUACCAAGCACUUUGGAUGGCCCCUCGACCAGCUCGAUGUGGUGACUGCGUUCCUGAAUGGAGUGAUGAAGGAGAAGGUGUUCUGCGCUGUUCCGGAAGGCGUCAAGAUGGAAGGUGAUUUCGACUGUCUCGAGCUGAUCAAGGCGAUCUACGGUCUCAAGCAAGCCUCGCGUGUUUGGAACGAGACCUUCGACGAAUUCAUACGCUCGAUUGGUUUUCAAGCGUCGGGAUUCGAUCCAUGUCUCUACAUCAUGACUUCGGAAGGCCAUUGUGUUUUUGUGCUGGUCUACGUGGACGAUGUCUUGGUGACUGGAAGCUCGCUCGAGAUGAUUGCGCGCACCAAGAACGACCUCAAGACACGCUUCGAGAUGACGGACAGCGGCAAGUGUGCCUUUGUUCUUGGGAUCGAGUUAUUGGACGGUGAAGAUGGCAGCGUGACUAUGUGUCAGCGCCGUUAUGUCGACGAUGUCCUCAAGCGCUUUGGAAUGGAUGAGUGCAAGGCUGUGGCAAGUCCGGUGGACGUCAGCUCUCGACUGGUUCCAAGCAACUCUGCAAGCAAGGUGAAUGUCCCAUUCCGUGAAGCAGUGGGUGCUUUGAUGCAUCUGACGACUGCAACGCGACCGGACAUCGCCUAUGCUGUAAGCUUUGUGUCACGGUUCAUGGAGAAACCCCAAGAAGAACACUGGGUUGCAGUCAAGCGCAUCUUCCGCUACCUACAAGGCACCAAGAUGCAUGGAAUCUGCUACAAGCCAAGUGCGAAGAUCGACUUUCGUGGCUAUUCAGAUGCAGACUGGGCCGGUGACCUUGCUGAUCGCAAAUCGACGUCCGGCUACGUCUUCAUGCUAUUGGGUGCUCCGGUGAGUUGGGGCAGCAAGAAACAGCCAAGUGUGUCACUGUCUACAAGCGAAGCGGAGUACAUCGCGCUCAGCCUGGCGAUCCAAGAAGGCAAGUGGAUCAAUCGCUUGCUGUGCGAGAUCAUGGCGGCUGCAAACGAAGAAGGACCCGAGCUCGUCAUCCGUGAAGACAACCAGUCGUGCAUCAAGAUGACGAAGAAUCCGGUCAACCACGGCCGCGCUAAACACAUCGACAUCAAGUACCAUCACAUCCGUGAUGAAGUCAAGCGCGGCGAAGUGAAGCUUGAAUACUGCGAGACGACGUUGAUGUUGGCGGACAUCAUGACGAAGGGACUUCACGGACCGCGUCACAAGGACUUGACGGCGGCGCUUGGCAUCCGUGCGUGUUCGGAUUGA